AUGUCUUAUGAGUACUACCCCAUCACCGGCAUUCCGGUACAACCGGGGGAAGUAACCCCCGCAAGGCGGGAGCUUGCCAGCUGGUCGACGUCCACGGUCCCCGGGGAUCAGAUCCAAGUGUCCCUUUUCAUUCGGGCUCUGCAGAAAAUGCAGGACAAGAACCCACUGGAGGAGCUUCUGUCCUACUUUCAGAUUGCCGGGAUCCACGGAUACCCCGUGGUGCCGUGGGAUCAUGCCACUCAGCACGGGUUCUACUGCACACACGGUUCCAUUACCUUUCCCACUUGGCAUCGCCCGUAUAUGCUGCUGUAUGAGCAAGUGCUCUACAACAUCAUGGACCAGGAGCUCAUCCCCGGCAUCACUGAUACGGCCGUCAGACAGGACUGGAAAAAGGCAGCCCAGCAAUGGCGCCUCCCCUUCUGGGACUGGGCUCUCCCUCAGUCAGACACGAACAAAUUUGGAGUUCCAGGAAUCGUGGGACUCGAGCAGCUCGAGAUCCUGAAGCUCGGGGGCAAGGACAAGGAGUCCGUCAAGAACCCCCUUUACAAGUAUACAAACAAGAUCAACGGCGAAGAGGUGUCCAUGAACGAUGCAAAAAUGAAGCCAUAUCAGCUCGAUUACGACGCGUACGGUGGCAUUUACAACAAAAGUAUUGGCACCAGCCGGUAUGGAAAUCCCAGUCUCCCUGAUUGGGUACAGGGCUUCGUGGAUAAUGCCAAAAUCGAGGAGGCCAUGGAAAAUCCAGAAGCGCCGCACUGGCAGAAAGGCGUGUCGAUUGCGGAAAACGUCUAUCGAAUCCUCACCGACGUGUACUUUCAGUCGUACGAGACCUUCUCAUCCACGUACCUCACUGACGACAAGAAAAAUCUCAAGCCCACCGAGUACCUCUCAUUGGAGAUGAUCCACAACAACAUACAUGUCUGGACCGGAGGCUGGGUCGAGGGACCAGCCACCAAAGUCACCGGCGUCCCCGUCACCGCGGGACACAUGGCAGAUGUCCCGGUGGCCUCAUUUGACCCCAUCUUCUGGCUGCACCACUGCAACGUCGAUCGGCUCCUCGCCAUCUGGCAAUAUCUCAACCCCGACAAGUGGUUUGGCACGGAGCCUCCGCCGACGCCUGGACAUACCGACAUCACGCCACUGCCCACGGACGACCUGCCCCCUUUCCACAUCAACAAGCAGGGUAAAUACUACAACUCAAACGACGCCCGGGACUGCGGGAAGCUCGGAUACACAUACCAGGACCUGGUAAACACAAACAUUGACAAGUUAAAGGCCGAGUUGCAGGACAAGUACGGCAAUCACACAAAGAAGCUCCUCCAGCCCGUCAAGGGCAUCCGGCCGGUCCCCGGGGUCAGCGAGGAAACGUUCCCAGACUACAUCAUCAACGUCGAAUAUGACCGGUUCGCGCUCGGCGGGGAGCCAUACGCAGUCAAGUUCCAUCUCGAGACGACCAACGACCAGGGCAAGACCGAGUCCUGCACCCUCGGCUCCUUCCACAACUUCACCUCCCCCGUGGUGCCAGACUGCAAGAACUGCCAGAAUCAAAAGGACAAGAGCGCCAAGUCCAAGGCCCAGGUCCCCAUCACGCUGCCCCUGCACGGCAUCGUCAAGAGCACGCGCUUUCCCGACGCGACUAGCCUGGAGCCCGUCCACGUCAACGUCCUGCUCGAGCAGCAGCUCAGGAUCUCUGUGACCAAGGUAUCGUCCCUGCCGGCCGUGAUUCUUGUCGAUUGA